AUGAUCUAUCAACUCUGUAUUAUCAUUGGACAUCUGGUUGUAUUUAUGUCUGGCUCUAUGCAACACUAUCGAUUAGCUUACACCAAGACAUCGAUCCCUAAAGUGCCGGCUAGUGCCUACGUUGCGGGAUACAUUAUGCUUGUGACGGUCCAGUACUUGUGGCUAUUAGUCAUCGGUAGUGAUCGACAGACCUGGCUUGGCCAAUUGGCUCAUCAUCCUGUCUAUGAACCCACUCCCUAUUACUCUGAAAAAAUGGACCAGUCCUUACCCUCCAAUGCCAUUAUGCGACCCCUUCACCAUGCAAGUGCAGAAGAUCCCAACGAAUUGAAUUUUGAAAAGGGAGAGAUAUUAGAGAUUGUGGAUCGAAAAGGCAACUGGUGGCAAGCACGUAAACAAAAUGGUGCAAUUGGUAUCAUUCCUAGCAACUACGUGAGUAUUUUUAUAUGCGGUUUUUUAAAAAAAAAAAAAAAGAUAACGCUAAACAUUAUUGUUAUGAUAUAG